UGUGCGUGCAGUGGCUUUUUGUUGCUUCAUUUUCUGCGGCGAGUUUGUCGCCCAUAGAUCGACUGAUAUAAAGUAGCAGCCCAAACAAUACAGCAGACGUACUCACUGGCAGAAAGCCUUGGAUAUGACAAUCACUAAAACUAGACACUUUUCCGAUGCUGGCCUUGAAAAUUAAAAGCAUUACAACAGAAGUGUCAGGCAGCCUCGGAGUCGCUUGCACAUGCUCACCAUGGCUACUUCGCUAUGUCUCAUCUUCUCUUUGCUUGGCCUGGCCGUUGUGGGAGGGGUGAAGAACUGCCAUCCACAAUGUCGAUGUGAGGUGGAAAGCUUUGGUCUCUUCGACAGUUUCAGUCUGACCAAGGUGUACUGCAGUGGGAUUGGCCCCGAGACUGCUCCUGUUCCCAUCCCUCUGGACACCUCUCAUCUCGACCUCUCCUUGAACUCCAUCACCUCCAUUACUGACUUGAUGCUCUCUGGCCCGGGUUACACCACCUUGGUCAGUCUGGACUUAAGCAACAAUUUAAUUUCUCAAGUCAGUCCCAAAGCGUUCUCCAAGCUUCGCUACCUAGAGACGUUGGACUUGAGCAACAAUGCUCUUGAGAGUCUCACCGAUGGCUGCUUUACCAGUCUCCCUCUGGUUGACGUGGACCUUAGUGAAAACCGAUUCAAGGAGUUCAGUCUUGAUCUCUUUACUAGCAGGGUACAGGAUAUACCAGUCAUGGUGGACCUGUCCAAAAACCUUCUCGAAACCAUUUCCAGGAAGACACCUGGCAAUCCUCUUUACAUAAAGAGUCUUAUGCUUGCAGGGAAUAGAUUGAAAAAGGUGCCAACGCUUAUUGGAAUUCCUCUUCAGUAUCUCAACCUGGAUGGAAAUCUUAUCUCAAACAUUGACGCUGGGGCCUUUGAAUCAAUGACAGAACUAGUUUACCUGUCUCUCAGCGGCCUACUUGAGCUGACAAUGAUACAUCCUGGCAGUUUCAGGGGCCUGAGGAACCUUCAAGUCUUAGACCUAUCAAACAACAGCCAACUCAAGACUUUGGGUCCAGAUGUAUUUGGUGGACUUGUCUCUUUACAAGAGCUUAAUUUGUCCAAUACUGCCAUCACACCAUUGUCGCAGACCGUCUUUACCCAAAUUCCAAGUAUAAAAAGUAUAAUUCUGGGGCCAAAUGUACAUUGCUGGAAGACGCACAAGCAAGGACAGUUUCAUAGACAGAUAGGACAGGCCAAACCCAAUGAUAUACUUACCUGUGACGUUGCAGGUAUGAUCUUAUGAGCCUGAAAUGCCAAGAUAGACAUGCAAUAUGAAUAUCUCUGUGCCUUAUUCCACAAAAGAUCUUUAUUUUUUGUUAUUCCACAUUGCAUUUUAUUUGCACAUGCUAUGCCUAAGUUCCUUUACUUUACAUGUGUUUAUUGCAUUCCGACAUGCAAAGUACUUUGUGCGGACCCAUGCACUUUAGUUUACACUAUUCUGUUUUUCUCAUAUUUAAUGUCACUUUAGAUUUGCUCUGUGAUGUCAAGUCUGAUGUGAUGUGUUGUCAAUCUGGAAUAAGUUGGUUCUGUAUUCAUCCUUUGAUUCUAUAUUCAUUCUUUCAUAAGUUGAUUCUGUAUUCUUCUUUAAAACAUUUUGUACAAACCAAAGUAGCAGGUUUUUGUGCCUAACAAUUAACACUAUUUAGAGCACAACCGAGGUAACUGCUUUGUUCUGGAACAGUACGUUUCUAAUGAUGCUAAAGUUUUGAUGCCCCACAUAAACCUAUGUUAAAUGAACAUAAAAGCUAUAAUGUUGAUUAUGUGGGAAUAUUUUAAGAAGCUUGAUUAUGGAAUAAUUUGCAAUGGGCCUUUAUUACUGAGGGCAAUAAGUAUUUUGGUAUAUUUGUUACUUAGAUUUAACUGGCCAAUUUAACAUGGGCAUUUACCUUUUCAUAGACACCUUUUGAAUGAAUUACAAUAUGUGACAUUUUGUGAUUUUAAAAAAUGAUUUUGCACCAUAAAAAAAUGUUAGAUCAGAGGUGAAACAUUUAGCUAUUGAACCUUAAAACGUGAUUUUCUCGUACUCAGACAGUCACUGGGUAAUAUCAUUUUAUGUCUGUAAUUUGGAGGCAUGUCUGUCACAGAUGUUUACAUGCCAUUGUUCUGAAAUUUUGCACUUUUUAUAUUCUCAUAAGUUUAAUUGAGAUUUGAAUGCAUUGAUAAACAUGAUAGUUGUUCAUCAUUUAAGGAAUGUUUUAAAGUUGUACAAAACUAUACUCUGUUAAUAAAUGAUAAUCAACUUUACAA